AUGUCGCCGAUCGUCGUCCUCGCCAGCCAGUCGCCCAACCGUCUGGCGCUUCUGCAAAAGAUUGGAAUCGAGCCAAUCGUUCACGUCUCGGAUUUCGAGGAAAAUCUCUCAAAGGAACUUCCGGUCCGGGAAUUUGUGGAAAAGACAGCGGAGGGAAAACUUGAGGUCGUGCUCGCAGAGAAGAGGAAGAAAAAUGAGCCGUUCGACGUGAUUAUCGCUGCCGAUACCGUUAUUUGGGUAGAUGGAAAAAUUAUCGGAAAGCCAGAAGAUCGUCAAAAUGCUAUUGAAACAUUGAAAAGUAUCCGGAAACGAGGCCAUUUCGUCUACAGCGGGGUUGCGCUUGCGUAUAGAGAUGGCAGUACCGAGACGUUCUCUGUCGAAACGGAGGUUCACAUGGCGAAUUACAGCGAUCAGCUGAUUGAGGGCUAUGUGGCGACGGGGGAACCUAUGAACAAAGCCGGCUCCUACGGGAUCCAAAAUCGCGGGGCCGUGCUGGUCGAGCGACUCAAUGGCUGUUUCUACAACGUUGUCGGACUCCCAUUGGCCGAGAUUGUUGCCCGAUUAUCUGCUCGUGGAAUCCCCAUCUUUUGC